GAAAUCUUAGUACGAAAGAGGAAAAUUAACAUCGAAUGUAAAUCAAAAUGAGCAGCAAGGAUCACCACGAAGUGGAAGUUAAAAGGAAAAGAAGCUUGAAAAAAGAGUCUUCUCCAACCAGAGGAGCAGGGGACGUGAAGAGAUCAAAAUCAUCAACAAAUGAUGUUAAAUUGUUUUAUGCUGAGGAAGAAGAGGUUGAACACAGGGAUCCGAAAAAAGAUCUGAGUUUGUUUAAAUCAACAACGGAUGAUGUUAGAAAGUGUUUCAAAGAUAUCAGAGAUUCUAAAGAUAAACCAGACAAAUCAACCAAUGAUCACAUAGAGACAAAGAAGAGAGAAACAGCUUUACAUUUUGUGUUGCUCAAAAAAUUAAACAGAUUAUCUCAUAUUAGAUGUAAGAAAUCAAGAGAUGCUACAAAUGAGGCCAAACAGAGAAUAGACCAGUACCAUUUACAACUACAGAAUCUAUUGUAUGAAACCAUGCAUUUAGAAAAAGAAAUCACUAAAUGUUUGGAGUUUAAGUCAAAAGAUGAAGAGAUUGAGCUUGUAUCUGUUGAAGAGUUUUAUGAAGAAGCACCAAGUGACAUCAGUAAACCUGAAACUACAAAAGAAGACCAACACCAGCUGAGACUGGCUAGAUUAGAUUGGGAACUAGAACAGAGAAAAAUGUUAGCACAGAAGCUAAAGGAAUCUGAAACCAGUAAAGAUCAACUAGACAAAGAAAUAAAAACACAGCAAGAAUAUUUAGAAAAUUUGCAACCAAAACUUACAUCAAUAUUACAGUCCACUAAGCCAGUUCAGGAGUACCUAGGUAUGCCGUUUGACCAGAUCAGAGAACAACAUCAAAUAGCUGGACACCUUCCCCAUCCUCUAUAUGUACUUUACAUGCAGACAGAUGCCUAUAGACAGGCUUGUGACAAGAAAUUAGAAGUGAAGAUAGAAGGAGACAUUGAAGCAGCUAAAUCAAUGAAGACUACUCCAGAAUUAUUUGCUGAUGUGGAUAGCGACAGUGAUCAAGAAGAACAAGAAAAGAAAUCAUCUAAAAGAAGAAGAAAAACAAUAGAUUCUGGAAAGGUUGAAAGAAAAAAGAAAGUCCUGAAAAAACAUCCAUUGUCUGUUGUGCUUAAAAUAAAGACAAAAGAUGGUACCUGUCUACAGUUAAAUUUUUACUACUUGGUAACCUUAGAGAUAGUUACUGUGGUGAUGCAAUUAAAAUCUGGAUCUGAAUCUCCACCAUCUUGUAUAUCUGGAGGUGACCUACUUUCACCUGACCUACUUUUGAAUGAGAUUUAUCCUGGUGACAAUGGCAACACUUCACCAAAUGCUGCCAAUCAGUAUGAAUUAAGGAGAUUAGGGUUGGGAGAAUUUAACCAGUACAUCAAGGAGACAGGAAAGCCAUAUUUGUGGGCACAGUGGUUGUCGGGGUUACAGUUCCUUAACAACAACAAAAGUUCAAAGGUCGCAGAUUCAUCUGUUAGUUCAGAAAACAUGCAGCAGACGAUCAAACGUUUAAGACGACGAAUAAAGUCGAGAUUAUCACUUCUGAAGCAGCUGGCAUCAUUAGAGAGAGGUAUUAUCCCCCUUGCUCCAGAAGCCAUGUCAUUAUUUCCAACAAAGAUAGUGGCCAAACUAGCUUCCUGGAAGAGGUCAACCUAUGAGGACUUCUGUGUGUUACCUUACACUGAGGAACUUGUAUCAAAUGGUCUAGCCAAGGAGUCCGAUAUCUUCUUUACUGCAACCAUGGACAGAGGCUCAGCUAAGAUGACAGCACAGAUUGUAAUGACACCUGAUUACCCUGCAGUGGCGCCACUGUUCCUCGUUAGUUUACAAUGGCAGACAGAAAGAUCAGCUUUAAAUGACAUUAAUAUACAGGAAAUGGAGGAAGAGGUGAAUGUUCAUUACAAAGAGAUGAUUAUUCACAAGUCACAUGACCAAAUUUUAGCCAAUCAAUUACAACGUUUGCUAAUGUGCUUUGAUGUGUAUUUGGAGACAGAAACACAGAAUGCUGAAGAAGGACCUAAGGAAAUAUCAAAAGAGAAAGUGUAUGCUAGAUUUGCAAGAGGGCCAAAUAGAACCAAGCCAUACAAGUUUUGUGCAGAAGUUGGAAUAUUCUCACAUCGUUGAAUCAAGAACAUAAACAAGGACUUCAUUAAUUUUUACUCAUUUUAUCUGUGUAAAAGAAUCUUCUGUAAA